AUCAGUAAGCAGCAGCUACAGACAGUGAAGGAGCGUUUCCAGGCCUUCCUCAGUGGUGACACCCAGAUAGUGGCAGACGAGGCCUUCAUCAAUGCAGUCCAGAGCUACUAUGAUGUGAGGCCCUACUCUCUGUGUGUGUGUGUGUGUGUGUGUGUGUGUGUGUGUGUGUGUGUGUGUGUGUGUGUGUUUGUGUGCGAGUGCACGCGUGUGUGUGUUUGUGGGUCUCUGCAGGAGUAAGUUUGUGUUUGGGUUGUGUUAUCUGUUGAUUUGUAUUCACCAAUGAUUAUUCUGCAGUUUUAAAUAGUCCUCUGCAGACUAACCAAAUCGUCUGGAUGACUCACCUUUGGUCUGGUAAAUGAUGUGGAACACACAGACAGGCUGCUUCCCUCAGGCAGUCUUAUUAAUGUUUUCCUCCUGCAUCUGACAGAUUCAAAUGAAUUGGACUUCCCAAAAUAGGCCUGUAAAAUAUUAAUAGUCCAGACAGAGGCUAUGUGAGGUGCUAAGCUGAAUCCAUCGACAUCCUGUGCUCCAAAAAAGUAGCUUUGAGUAUGACUAUCCAUCCCAUUCAAUGUGUCUGCCUUGACAACUCUGAAAUCACAGAAGAACGAGGUUCGGAACACUGUAUCUCAAAGCUUCCAAAAAGUUAGAGGAAAGGAGAUGAGAAAAGUGAGUGCGCACUUCAAUAUAGCACUUCAAUAAGCCCAAAUUAGUGAAUUGAAAUGCUUCAUUACUCAACGCCCAGCUAAAGCCGGUUUUCCAAUUCAAUUAAAGCCCAAUGCUCUUACUGACUUUGUUCUGGAUGGUUACACACUCCCCACAUCCCCACCUGCUCUAGAGCCUGGAGGGACACCUGGGGUGCUCUUUGUUGGCAGAAUUUAGGAUUAAGCAACAUGAACAUUUUAAAUUUCUAGCCAACAUUUCAGUUAUAUUGUCUAUAUCAGCAGUUCUAUCUUCAACACUCCCAUUUGUGCAAUGUUCCCUUCUUUUUGGCCCACUGAGAGCACUGCUGCUGUUGCAGAACAAGUCGCAAGUGCCCAAAGCUGAUACCAGACAGAGGGUGAUAAAUGUCUGUGUAUCUGUGUGUCCAUCCAGGCUCAGAGGCAAUGGCCCUCAGUCUUCACCCUGCGUUAGGCACUGAUUGGGAACAUGGAGCCUGUCACUGUGAGCCAUAAGGAGGCUGCAUGGUAUUGAGAGGGCCAACAUCUGAGUCAGCCAGACAUAUGGGUCCCUCUCUCUCUGUCUUUCUUUUUCUCUAACCCACACCCCUUGGCAUGGAAAAUUGCUUUGUGGGAAUUGUGGAAAAAUAAAUGUGCAGCUUGGGAUUGAACAGAUAAGCACAACAAUACCAGAUUGAAUUUAAACUACAAUCAUUUAUUUUCCUCUGCAUCUUCAUCAUGAAGACAGAAGGACCAAGCUGCAGCAAAUCCUCAAAGAGAGAAACAGUACUUCAGAUACCCUCUUCUGCAGCUGCGUCUUCAUUUCACUUCCCUCCAGAAGCAAAGACAUGUCAGGCUGCCACAAGGGCUUCUUUACGCAGAUGCAGGGGAGAACGUCUUACAGAAAAUAAUGGGCAAUUUCCAAUUUAGAAAUUGAGUUAAAAUGGAACUCAUCCUAACCUUACAACCACACUGUAUGUUAUUCCUGUAUGUUACUCCUGCCCUUUUAAUGCUUAAACCACAUGCUUAAUCCCCCCUCUCUGCUCUCAACCGUGACCACAGAUAUUCCUGAAGAGUGACCGUGUGUCCCGGAUGGUCCAGAGUGGAGGCUGCUCGGCCAGUGACUCACGGGAGGUUUUCAAGAAGCACAUUGAGAAGCGUGUCCGUAGCCUGCCGGAGAUCGACGGCCUAAGUAAGGAGACAGUGCUCAGCUCCUGGAUGGCCAAGUUUGACACCAUCUACCGCGGAGAGGAGGACCCCAGGAAGCACCAGCAGCGGAUGACGGCCAGUGCAGCCUCAGAGCUCAUCCUCAGUAAGGACCAGCUCUACGAGAUGUUCCAGUCCAUCCUGGGCAUCAAGAAGUUUGAGCACCAGCUCCUCUACAAUGCCUGCCAGGUGAGAUAA